UCCUGCAGUAAGAGCUCUGAGGAGUUGAUCUUUUUUCUUCGCCGCUUUGAACAGAGAUCAACACACACACACACACACUCUGCACCUUCACCACCUCACUGGACGGGCUGCUGAUUCAGAGCCCUCCUUUAAAAAAAAUAAAUAUUUCGAAUAAACAUUUCAGCACGACUGGAUGUUCUACAGAACUGAUGCGUGAGGAAAUGUCGAGUGUGGUGUGUAUGAAGGAGGUGGAGGGGCCGGGGGACCCUGCGGAGAAGCUGUCCCAAGAUGAGCUGCUGUGUCGGACACGGGAGGUCAUGCAGGGGCUGGAGGCUCUCCGUGCCGAACACCAAGCCAUCCUGGAGGGUUUGAUGGGAACGCUGCGUUGCCUCAAACAAAGCCAGGAAGGCCGCGCUGUCGAGGAGAAGUCCGUCAUGAUUCAGCGCUCGCUGGAAAUGAUAGAGCUCGGCCUUAGUGAAGCACAGGUUAUGAUGGCUCUUUCAGGGCAUCUGAGUGCAGUAGAGGCAGAGAAACAGAAGCUUCGGGCUCAGGUCCGGCGGCUGUGCCAGGAGAAUCAGUGGCUUCGUGAUGAGCUGGCAGGCACGCAGCAGCGGCUGCAGAAAAGUGAGCAGAGUGUGGCCCAGCUGGAGGAGGAAAAGAAGCACCUGGAGUUUAUGAAUCAGCUCAAAAAAUAUGACCAGGACCUCAGCCCAACAGAUGACAAAGACUCUGACUCGAGCAGGGAGACUCUGGAUGAUCUUUUCCCUGAUGAUCAGGAUGAUGCAGCCUCUGGCAUCCAACCCCCACACAGCAGUGCUGUAGCAGCCGCUCAGCAGGGAGGCUAUGAGAUUCCAGCUCGGCUCCGAACCCUGCACAACCUGGUGAUUCAGUAUGCUUCUCAGGGCCGAUACGAGGUGGCGGUGCCGCUGUGUAAACAGGCGCUGGAGGACUUGGAGAAGACCUCUGGCCACAACCACCCCGAUGUCGCUACAAUGCUUAACAUUCUUGCCCUCGUCUACAGGGACCAGAAUAAGUACAAAGAGGCUGCAAACCUUCUUAACGACGCACUCGAUAUCAGAGAGAGAACACUGGGCAAAGACCAUCCUGCGGUGGCUGCUACACUGAAUAAUUUGGCUGUCCUUUAUGGUAAGCGCGGGAAAUACAAAGAGGCAGAACCACUAUGCAAAAGGGCACUGGAGAUCAGAGAAAAGGUGCUAGGAAAGGACCACCCAGAUGUGGCAAAGCAGCUGAAUAACCUGGCUUUGCUAUGUCAAAACCAGGGCAAGUAUGAGGAGGUGGAAUACUACUACCAGAGAGCCCUUAACAUCUAUCAGACCAAGCUUGGGCCCGAUGACCCCAACGUAGCCAAGACCAAAAAUAAUCUGGCCUCAUGUUAUUUGAAGCAAGGGAAAUUUAAGCAAGCAGAGACUCUCUAUAAAGAAAUUCUCACACGAGCUCAUGAGAAGGAGUUUGGCUCAGUAGAUGGUGAGAACAAGCCUAUCUGGAUGCAUGCAGAGGAGAGAGAGGAACAGAGUAAAGGAAAGCAGAAAGAUGGCUCUCCUUUUGCAGAGUAUGGUGGCUGGUACAAGGCCUGCAAAGUGGACAGCCCCACUGUGACAACCACACUGAAAAACCUGGGUGCCCUGUAUAGGCGGCAGGGCAAGUUUGAGGCUGCUGAGACCCUGGAGGAGGCUGCUAUGCGCUCCCGAAAAAAGGGUCUGGACUCAACCCAUAAACAGCGUGUGGCAGAGGUUCUGGGGGAUCCCGAGGCUCGGGAGAAGCAGCGCAGCAGAGAGAGUCUGAUCUCGGACACAGUGAAGUACGAAAGCGGCCCAGACGGAGGAGAGGAAGUGUAACUCCAGAUGCCAUGUUGUGAUUGUAGAACUUUACCUUCUGCAUGACGGACACUCGCCUCACGUCCUUCUGCACCUUUGCCCUUUUCCGUCUGCUUUCUCCGACUGGCUCCUUUCUCCGUUCUCCUGCUCAUCCUUAUCUGGGCUCUAGCUGGCCAAAGCAGCUCAGAUAGGCUUAAACAAAUCUCACAUGGGGCCAGUGCUGGCUUUUUCUCUUUUGCCAGAACGAGUCGUUACACUGUAUAAAUGUUAUAUUUACUUCCUUGAUCCUAACAUCACAGGAACUGCUCUUGAUGUACUUAUCUGUCCUUACUAUCGGUGUAUAUAAAUUUCAAUCUGUCACACACUCUUAGUAACUGACAUGUACAGGUUUGUGACUAAUGUCCAGUUUACAUCAGAUUCAAUAAAUGCAGUGUUACCAGUACUGCGGGGCUCCACAGAGUACACGCUCAGAGUACACGCUUGUCAGCGUCCAAUUGGUCAGAUCCCUUCCUUACAGCACUAGAGUGAAAAUCCUAAAGGGUUUACUACAAGUCACCAUAAAUGGAGGUUCAUUAUAAGUGGGGAAAUGCAAUGGCAAUCAUGUAAAGAAUGAUUUGGAAGUUAUGUUACACAUACCGUGAUGAUAAGUGUUAAUAUUAAUCUGAUACAUAGAUAUAGUGAUAACUCAUGGGAAGAAAUGAUAGAGUUGUAAAGUUGCUGCUUGGCACAUAGACCUGACUCACUAGCAACAGGAGAAAUCUUACUGUUCUGUUUCUUCUGUUGUAAUAUGGACUUAAGCAGUCAUCAGUAUAUUUCACUGGACUCACAAAUCAUUCAUAUUACCUUGUGCAAGUCUUGUUCAUCUCUGUCUCUCAUUCACACACUCUGCUUCUGCCAGUCACCUCAGUGAACUUCAACUUUACUUCUCAAGGUUCAAUACGAGACCCACUGUAGCAGAUUUAGAGUUUUUCAGAUCUAGAUUUUCUGUAGUUUGAGCUUCUUCCUGAGAUCGGUAAUGUAUGGUGUACAGAUUUAACGUGUUUUCCCAGUGACCCUUACAGUGAUGCUGACUUUCCUAUUCUGAUUCACAUCCUUUCACACUUCUGACAGUCUCAAAAAAAGUAGGAUGUCCCUGUACAGUAGCAUGAUUAUAUCUGCUGUCUAAACUUGAUGUAUAGUACUGCUUAUUAAUCUCAACCCCUUUUUAUAUUUAUUAUUGAAUGAUCAUCAAUACGAGGUCUUAGAUGGUGUCUGAUAUGUAGAAAGAGAAAAUCAAUAGGUCAAUAAGUAGAAAGAGAAAUAAAAUUAAAAGAAACAUGAUUUGGGGUUGUACACAUCUCUUUUCCUACCAGCCUGCUAUCUGAUGAUGCUGCAUCUUGUCUUUCUUGUCUCUAAUAAACUGACUGUGUGCUUACCACAGUUUUUGCCUGUUUCCUUGUAUGUAUUUCCAUAUCUUUGUGUAAGUACUCUCUUUCACCACCCUGGUGUGUGUGUUGUUUGUGUGUGUGUGUGGUGUGUGUGUGUGUGGUAUUAGUUUGGAGGUGCUGUUCAAUAUUGUUCUGUUUUCUGUUAGUGCUCUAACUUUCUUGACCUGUGAUCAUUUCCUUUGCAUCUUCACUUCUUACUUGGCUGUUUG